UGCGCCUUUACGCGUGAAUAGGGGCCUUUUUGCUUUUUACGCACGGCGAAUCAUUUAUGUCACUUUGGCAAAGUUGAGUUUGUAGGCGUUUUUGAACACUCCGCGAGUGACCAUGACUCUCUCCAGUGAAUUUGAAGCUUCACAACACGCUGCUUUGCCUCUAGAUGAAGAUGAGAUUGACAUAGUGGGCGAGGAUGAGACUACCCACGGGCGCUUAUAUCGAAAUGAGUGCUCUACGGACCCCGGCUCCUCAGCAGAAUCUGGUGCUGAAUUUGACUCUUCGGAGCCAGACUCCUCGGGGGAAAGCGAGAACAGUUUCUGCGCAGACGCACCGCUGUCUAGGAAAGCCCAAAGCAGCUCAGUAAAGCCUCCCUACUCCUACAUUGCCCUCAUCACCAUGGCCAUCCUGCAGAGCCCGCUGAAGAAGCUGACGCUGAGUGGCAUCUGUGACUUCAUCAGCAACAAGUUUCCCUACUACAGAGACAAGUUCCCCGCUUGGCAGAACUCCAUCAGGCACAACCUCUCCCUCAACGACUGUUUUAUCAAGAUCCCGAGGGAGCCUGGAAACCCGGGCAAAGGUAACUACUGGUCUCUGGACCCUGCUUCAGAGGACAUGUUCGACAACGGCAGCUUCCUUCGGCGAAGGAAGCGCUUCAAGAGAAACCACCCGGAACUUGGCAAAGACGGACUUGUGUUUUAUUCCAGCUUGAACUGCUAUCGGCCGUACGGGCAACCAUACUGCUUACAGGGCCAGGUAAGCCCCCCGCCCGCUGCUCCUAUCCGGUACAUGCCCCUGCAGGAGGGCAUCAUGAUGCCUCCCUCUUCCUAUCAACUUCUGCCACAUACUCUGAACAGUCACGGGAAAUGCAGUGGGUCUAAAGACUUCAGAGCGCCGCAGUGCGCCGAGCCGAAGCCUGGCCCGCAGGCAAAGUGCUCUUUCAGCAUUGAAAGCAUCAUGAGCAAACCCUCUCCCAUCAGUCCACAGAACCCAAAUCCACAGCAGGGCCCUCACGGCGCUCUUGGGUACGGUCAUCUCAUGUCGGGCCCUGCUGCCUCUUUGGUUCCGACGCUCCUGCAGGUUCCUAGGACUCCAUUCUGCCCUCCCGCCAUGCUGAGCACUGCUCCUUUAAUAAAUGAGCAUCUCAGACUCUCUUACCCUCACUGCUGAAGUAUUUGGUUGUAAGGAACAGCGUCUGUAUGUGUGAUGCUACGUGAAGACACGCUGGCGUAGCUCAUUUCUUAAAGAAAUGUUUUAAUUGCAUGAUAUUUAUGUGCGUUGACAUUCAAAGUAAAUCAAUGUAAAUAAGAUGAGUGGUAAUAUAUUUGUUGUGAGACUUGCUGCAGUGGAAACCCUUGUUAAUGAAUGUGUUUUUGUUAUUAACGUGUCAAAAUAAAUGUCUUGAAAAUAACUGAUGUUUAUUGUUUAAAGCUCUUUAUUUGCAGUUUGUACAGAAUUAUGUGGGUCGGGGCGCAGUGGAAUUAGCCUA